CUGUCCACUGCUGAAGCGCCGACCGAGGGCUCCGUACUGCCCGCCUGGAUGCGCCUCUACUUCUACGGGAUGCACGGGAUCACCCUGGACGUGCUGGUGUCCUCGGCGCGGCGCUUCGCUCACAGCCCGGACCUCCGGAUGCUGGGCUUCUCCUCGCCCUACCGCUGCCUCCUGCACUCGCUCACCCACUUCGCCCUGGAGAAGGUCUACCUGCAGCGGCGGCGCUGCCCCAGCGCCUUCGUCUUCAAUUUCCUCCUCUAUCCCUCGGCCCACGUGGGGCUGCAGGCCCUAGCCGGCCAAGCACUGCAGCUCAGCCUCGGCAGCGGGCCGGGGGGCGCGGCGGCGCCGGGGGCGCUGGACCUGGCGCUGCAGUACGUGCUGGCGCUCUACCACUGCCAAGUGUUCUUGAAGCGCUUCCUGAGCUUGCAGUACCCGCGGCGGGAGCGCAGCAACCGCCACCGCCACCAGCAGCUGCUGCAGCGGAGGGGCGCACUCCCCGCCCCACCCGGAGCUCGGACCCCUGCUGCAACUGGCACUCGACGUCGCCGCCCCCGCGGGUCCAGAGGCGCUGGGGGUGCCCCCAGCCACCAGCUGCCUGACCUCCUCCGCUUUCUUUUCUUCGGAAUGCACGGCUUUUUGGAUGAGAUAUUCUUCACCUUCUUCUUUAACUUGCUGGGGCAGGGAAACGGGGCCACCAGCGGCCACACGUCCCUCUGGUCCUUCUUUAUGUAUGGCAGGUGGGGUUUCGUGGUGGAAAAGCUCUACUUCCACCUCCACUACAGCCGCGGUUGGGGAACCUGGAGGCGGGUACCCAUCUACGUGGUCUUCAUCUAUGUCUGGGAGUUGUCCUGGGGCCUGGGACUGCGCGCCUGCGGGGCUUGUUCCUGGGACUAUUCCCACUACCCGCUCAAUUUCAUGGGCCUCAUCACCCUGAUGUACUUGCCAGGUUGGAUUUUCCUUAGCGUGUACCAGGACCUGCUUUCCAACGUGCUGUGGCAGGUGCAGUACGUACCAAGUAACUGAGACCAAAUACUUUAAAAAGAAAGAAGAAACAAAAGAAAUAGUUACUGGAUUCCUACGACGAAUGUGAUUUAUUUUUACACAUUUAAAAUGGAGUGUGGUUUUUUAGUCUUUUAAUUUUUAUACCUUUACUAAAUUCUCCCAACAUAUUUUACUCAAGUUUUAGUUUUUCUGACUAUUUGAAAUGUAUACAUAAUACAAUACUUUGCCAUAUCAUUCGAACUGUUUGAAAUACUUCCCUAGUAACUAUUUUUUCAAUCUUUACAAGCCCAAACAGCAAAACCUUAACAUCAGAAAGCUGUAGUGUUCACUUACCCAAGGAGUAGGUAAGUGAUAGCUACUAAUUUUUUAUUUUUAAAUAAGUUCUUCAAAUCAGACACCAGUGAUUUUUUUCUACCAGAUUUGGCAACUUUUUGGUCUAAUCAUUUAUUUACAUUUUUUAACCCAAAUUCAUUUUAAUUCCUUGCCCCAUUUACCAAUGACUGCUGAAACUCAAUGUCUUUUACUCCUGAAACCAGAGUUAAUAUCUCUUAAAGUGCCUCCGUCUAGCACACAAGUGAAAAGAAGCAGACGAAUGUGAACAUAUAUUCUAUGAAUGGAUUUUUAAUUAAGAAGUCUUUUCUAGCAACUCAGACAAGUGACACUGUGUUAAGAUAUUUGAUCUCCAUCUUGGAAAGGAUUGCUUUCCUAUGUUGGUUAGCCUUAAACACUAAGUGGGUUACUGUUGAUCACAUCUUGUGUUAUCUAUGGCUGUACAUUUUUGUUAAUGCGCAAUAAUGUGAAAUGUUUACCAAUGUCCAAGGCCAACUGAAAUUACACACCACCUUUAAUAGUAUUAGCAAUGUCUGAGGCCAACUGAAAUUACUCUGCCUUCUAUAGUAUUCUAAUCCCAAGGACCUCUUUCUACAUGGAGCUUCAAGAGUAGCAACAGUACCUCGGGAUAAAAUGAACCUGAAAGUUUGCUCUGAUUACAUUAAGCCUAAUUGCUCUCUGUGAAUACAGAUUUGUGUUUUCAGCGUUUUUCUGCCAUGGCUCACUUGCAAGCCUUUCUCUUUUUUUCUUUCUGGAUCCAGAGUUCUUGGAUCAGGCUUGAUGUGGUAAUGUGUGUUAUAAAUCAAUAACAGCUUUUGGGUGACUCAUUAUUAAUGUCUGAAAGCUCCAAGUUAAAUGAGAUGAUAUAAAAUAUUUUAAGAAAUCAUGUCUAAUUAAUUAAUAAUGAACUUUGGUGUCACUUGCUGUUUAUUAUAUUUAGAAAAAGGAGUAGACUGUGGCUUAGCCAAGAAUGACUAAUACUUUCUCAGUUUUCAUUACAAAGAUAAUUAGGAAUGCUUACAGUGUGUAUAAAUGAGUAGUUUCCUAUUCAAAUCAUCAGGUUGUCUAUGCUGUAAAGAGGGACAUUCUGCUGUUUUCAAAAAUGGUUGCUAUGAAAGUAGAAGAUAAUAUGUAUUUAAUUUGAUCAAGCCAGCCAUAGUUCUAAAAAUGUUAGUGUAUUUUGAUCCACUAUCUGAAGUUGUGCACUAAAUUAUAACUACUACUGUAUAAUUAACUCCACUUAUGAAAUGAAUCAGGUCAAAUGUAUUAUUUUAGCCAGUCAAAGCUCAGUGGAAAUGUUAAACAUUUGCAGAGUUUCACUUAGAAACAUUGUUCUUCAUAACUGUUGGUCACAGGUCAAAAGUUUCUGAAAACCCCGGGGAAAAAAAUGUGUAAGUAUAAACACUAAAGUUAGGCAGACGCCAGACAAGAUUGUCAUUCAGACACGACACACACAUAUGAAUCUGAGUUAAGUAUGACAAUGCUUCACAUCACAUGAUCCUGUGAAACCAUAACUGAAUCCCUGACUUCUGAAAUACUUGUGAAGCAUUUGUCUGCACAUAGACCCUUCACAUGUCUUCAUACAGCUGCCUACCUGCGUAUCAGCAUCCUCAGGGCCAGAAAUAUGGCAGGCAGACAGAAAGUAGGCUUCUUUGUUUUGUUUUUAUUGUUAUUCCUAUUUAAAUGAAAGGUCAAGGUUUCUAUUCAUUCAACUCAUUCAAGAAAUAGUAUUGAACCUCCACUAUUUGCCAGGCAAUUGCCUGGACUCUGGAUACAGGAGUGAACCUGACACACACAAAAAUCUCUGUCCUGAUGAAGCUCACGUCCUAAUGUUUUGAUUUUAUUAGAUUAUACUUAUUUGCAAGCUGUUUUACUUAUUAUAUUCAUUUACUUAUUAUAUUUAUUUACAAGCUAUUUUAGUAAUAGGCUGUGUGAGGCAGUUGUGAGGGCUGUCAUCAGUCUUGUUUCUGGAAUAUCAAUUCAUUAUUUCUAAAACAAGAGCCCAUUAACUGUCCCUCGGCCAGUUUUACAAAGAGCUAUAGUUCUUAUGUAUUUAGGAAGUGACUACCCUAUCUUGUGAGUGUGUGUUUGUGUGUUGGGGGGAGGAGGGCGACAAUAACUUUUAUUUUCAUUAAAUAAGUACAUGUUUAUUUGCACUCAUCUCAAUUAAACCAAUUUUACAACAGAAAAAGAAAAGAAAUUUCCUU